AUGAGCCUAUUCCGCGCGCGCCGCUCCCGCUUCGCCACCCGCGACCCCGCGCGGGUCAGCUCUGCAACCAGGGUGGAGGUUGUGACGGAGGGCAUCCUGCUGCGGCGCCUGCAGGGGGACCCCUCACUGGAGGGCGUCGGUGCUGUGAUCUUGGACGAGUUCCACGAGCGCAACCUCGACGCUGACCUGGCGCUGGCCCUCUGCCUUGACGCCCAGCGCUGGACGCGACCAGACCUGCGGCUGCUGGUGAUGUCAGCCACCCUGGGCGGCGGCCUGGCGGAGGGCGUCCAGGAGCUGAUGACAUCAUGCCAGGAGGAGGGGGCCGCGGCCGCCCCAGAUAGCGGUGACAGGCGCCAGACCGUCCCCGUCGUCGUCAGCGAGGGGCGCAGCUUCCCGGUCACUACCGUGUACCUCGGGGCGCCAGUGCGCCGGGACGGCGGGCGGCUGGCACGCGCGGUGGCGGACGCCAUUCUCGGGGCGCUGGAUCACGACGCAGGAGAUGUCUUGGCGUUCCUGCCUGGCGUGGCCGAGAUCCGCCAGGCGCAGCAGCUCCUGCGGGAGGAGGCGCCGCGCGGCGUCAGGGUCCUGCCGCUGCACGGCAACCUGGCGCCAGAGCAGCAGGAUGAGGCCAUCAGGCCAAGCCCCUCUGGCGCGCGCCGCGUCGUGCUCGCGACCCCCAUUGCAGAGUCCAGUAUCACGAUUGACGGCGUGAGGGUGGUGGUGGACUCGGGCCUCCGCCGCGCCCCCGUGUUCGACGAGGGUUCCGGUUUCAGCCGCCUGCGGACCGAGCGCGUCAGCGUCGCGUCGGCAGACCAGCGGCGCGGCCGCGCGGGGCGCACGGGGCCGGGCGUCUGCUACCGCCUGUGGGACCCCAGCGACGACCUGGAUGAGUCAACCGCGCCGGAGAUUGCAGACGCCGACCUGGCGCCGCUCGCCCUCGAGCUCGCCGCCUGGGGCGACCCCGCGGGUGACUCCCUGCCGUGGCUGGAGGCGCCGGACCCGGGUCGCAUGGAAGUCGCCCGGCAGCUGCUGCGGGACCUGGGGGCGGUUGACGAGAAGGGGGCCGUGACGGAGGGGGGGCGGCGGAUGGCGGCGCUCGGGCUGCACCCCCGAUUUGCUCACCUGGUGCUCAGGUCCCGAGACCUGGGCUGUGAGGAACUGGGGUGCAUUGUGGCGUCGCUGCUGAGCGAAAGAGACAUCCUGCGCGGCAGCGGAACCGGCGGCGGCGGCGGCGGUCCCCAGUCUGCAGACAUUGCGCUCCGGCUGUCCGCGCUUGCAGGAGACGGCCCUAUCAUCGUCGACCGCGCCGGCGCUCAGCGAGUCCUGCAGGGCGCGCGGCAGCUGCUGCGGCAGCUGCGCGCCGCGGCGGCCUCCACGGCGGCCGCGGCCGACAGCGACAGCGACCCCGCCGGCGGCGACGCGGACGGCGACGGCGGCGGCGAAGGCGAGGACGAGGGGGAGGAUGAGGGAGAGUGGUCGGCGUCUGAGGAACAGGCGCGGCCGCAGCCCGCCGGCGCAGACCCCAAGGAUCCGAUCGCCACCGGCGCCGGCGGGGUCGGGAUCGGGGCGCGCGCGUUCUCAGAGGCGUGGCAGGACCAAGCGUUAAGGAGGGGGCUGGUGGGGGCGCUGGUGGCGCUCGCCUACCCAGACAGGAUUGCGCAGCGGCGGGACGCCGGGUCCAGCGGGGGGCGCGCCACCUUUGUGCUCAGCUCAGGCCGCCCCGUGCGCCUCCUGGACCCCGGCGACCCCCUGAAGGACGCCCAAUACAUCGCGGUCGCGGAGCUCUCCGGCGGCCGCGACGGCCGCAACGACGCCGCGCGGCUCGGCGCGGCGCUGACGCUGUCGGCCAUCAAGACGCACUUGGCAUCCGAAAUCCGAGAGGAGGUGGCCGUGUUCUGGGCGCCGGCCAGCAAGGUCGUGCUGGCGCGCCGCCAGUCGCGGCUGGGCAGCCUGGUGCUGUCAGAGGCCCCUGCAGAGGUGGGGGAUGACAGGGCGCUGCCGGUGCUGUUCAAGGCCCUCCAGGACGGGGGCUGGGCCUCCCUGCCCAUCCCGCCCGCCGUCGAGGCGUGGCGCCACCGCGCCGCCUGGCUGCGCGCCGCUGAGGUGGCGGCCCUCGGCGCCAGCGCGCUGCCAGACCUGUCCGAGGGGGCGCUGCUCGGCUCCCUGCACGCGUGGCUGGCACCGUACGCGGCCGGCGUCAGGGGGCGGGCGGCGCUGUCGAAGCUCGACUGGGGCGCCGUCAUCAGGGGGCUGAUGACGUGGGAGCAGCAGCAGCGCGUGGAGGCGGACGCACCCAGCCAUGUGACGCUGCCCACGGGGUCGCGUGUGCCCAUCGAGUACGGCUCCAGGUCGCAGCCCACCGCACGGGCCCGCCUGCAGGAGUGCUUUGGUCUUGUGGACACGCCCCGGCUGGGCGGCCUCGCGCGGGUCCCGCUGCUGCUAGAGCUGCUGUCCCCGGCCCAGCGGCCGCUGCAGGUGACUGCUGACCUGGCGUCGUUCUGGGCAACCUCUUACUCAGAUGUCAGGAAGGACAUGGCUGGAAGGUACCCUAAGCACGUCUGGCCUGUGGACCCGCUCAACGCGGAGGCAACGCGUCUCACAAAGAAGGCUCAGGCGAUGCAGCAGGCGCAGCAGCCAGCAGGGGGCGGAGGGGCCUCCAGCGGCAGCAACAGCAGCAGCGGCGGCGGCGGCCAGGGCAAGAAGAAGCGGAGAUGA